AUGUCCGCCUCCAUCAAAUCCCUUAUCGACCUCACCAAAGCUCGUCGUACUAUUUACGAACUCAAACCAGAAUUGCCUACUGGUGUCACCGAGCAAGAAAUCACCGCCCUCGCUUCUGCCAUUAUCAAACACACUCCUACUUCUUUCAACAUUCAAAACAUCAGAGCCAUCGUUCUUUACGGUGACGCCAACAAGAAGUUGUGGAGCUCCGUGUACGAAGCCACUAAAGAAUUCCCAUUCUCUGGUAGACCAAAAUCCCUUGCCGAAACCUCUUAUGGUACUAUUGUCUUCUUUAAUGACCAAACCACCAUUGAUGAAAUCUCCAAGAAGUUUGAAGUUUACAAAGAUAACUUCCCAAUCUGGGCCGCCAACGCCAACGGGGCUGCACAAAUCGACAUUUGGAAGGCUAUUUCUGCUAUGGGUUUAGGCGCUAACUUACAACAUUUCAACCCAUGGGUCCAAGAAUCUGUUAAGGACAAGGUUGAUGGUUCCUGGAAUGUCGUUGCCCAAUUGGCCUUUGGGGUUCCAGCUGGUGAAGCUGGUGAAAAGCAAUUUGCCGACUACGAAAUCAAGGAAUUCCGUUGA